AUGACCUUGGAGGUGACCUUGAAUCUUGAUGGGUUGUUUCUACCCGUGAUAGGAGGUGUCAUUGGCCUCUUUCUCCUUGUUUACAUUAUUGGUGGCUGUUUGUGCUUAGGAGGUAAACAGAAGGAUACUUCACUGAGUACCGGCAAAUAUAUAUCAGGACGAGACUCGACAACGGCUGCUAAGCCUGCUGAUAGUGUGACUGUUGAUGUGGACAAUAGUCUGAUCCCGUUGGAGAACGGUCAAGCUGGGGGCAGUCUCAGGAUUAGUAACAGCAGCCAGAGAAGCCCUGGACAUUCCCCACAUCAUGCCAACCAGCGACAGCUUCCUGCCCCUCCCCAGGGUAACGGAGCAGUCAAUAGAACAUUACAAAUGGAGGAAGAACCCGAGGAUGAUUACGAUCAUUUGGCCAAAAAUGUGAAACAGGGAAACAAACGUGGGUCAAACUAUGAUCAUGUUAUUCUUGGUGAGGAUGGUUCGGUGAAAAUAAAAGAACGGAAAGCAAGUAUACCUGAUACAGAUUACGCAGAGGUAAACAUGGAAAAUAUCUACACACCUGUUAAAGAGCAGCCAACAGCUGCGAGUGGUGGGAAAGACGCCCCAGCUAGGAUAAACAUUGCUUCUGCUUCAAAUGAUGAUGAAUAUGCUAUGGUCAGUGAUGAAAGAGAACCAAUGCUUUCAGCAAAUAUGAAGGUCAAGGAGGAUCCAUAUGCAAAACUCAAAGAAAAAACUGACCCCUACAAUAAAGUCAAAGAGUCAGAUGAGAAAGAUGACCCUUACAAUAAGGUCAAAGAUGAUGACCCUUAUAACAAGGUCACUGAUAAAGAUGACCCCUACAAUAAGGUUAAGGAGAAGGAUGACCCUUACAACAAGGUCAAGGACGAUGACCCAUACAACAGAGUUAAAGAAGAAGGAGAAUCUGAUGGUUCAUUUAUGGAUUUUGACCCCUACAAUAAGGUCAAAGAUGUUGACCCUUACAACAAGGUCAAGGACACUGAUCCAUACAAUAAGGUUAAAGAGGAAGGAGCAUCAGGUGGGUCAUUUAUGGAUUUUGACCCCUACAAUAAGGUCAAAGAUGUUGACCCUUACAAUAAGGUCAAGGACACUGAUCCAUAUAAUAAGGUCAAAGAUGUUGACCCUUACAACCGAGUUGAAGAUGAUGAUCCCUAUAAUAGAAUAAAGGGAGACGAUCCACCUUAUAAUAAGAUAAAAGGUGAUGAUGCUGACGACCCGUACAAUAAAGUAGAUGAGGAUGACUUCGUUGAUAUUACAGAGGAUCCUAAGUAUCCAUACUCUAUUGUUGAUCCGAGUAGGAAGGCAAAACAGGUGACAACAAUUACAGUGUCUCGUAAUGGUGAGGAAGGGUCAGAAGUGGAUGGGGCAUCUCAGAUACAGGACACAUUUAAGGUUGAGGAAGGAAGAGACGAAUAUGCAGUUGUUGUAAAAAAUAGAUCUGAUUCAUCAUCAGUAGCAACGACUGAAUCAAAGGUGUCAGACACUCCUCCAGAGCUCCACCCUAAUACCCUUCCUCCAGAACCUCCGAGGAACUAUAGGAGAGAGGAACCAACACUAGCACCUGCUCCACCUACUGGAACCACAUCCACAAGUCCCACAAGUCCAGUCCAUCAAUCACAAACACAGACCUCAACUGCCACAAGUGCCAGUCAAAUGUCAACUGCUGAAGAUAGACCUGUACAGGAAGCAGGUCCUCCUCGCAGGGAGCCUGGCUACAUUAAACUGACAUCAAGAGAAUCAAUGGCGAGUAUUAAUGCACGCCGUGCUCUCAACACAUACGAAACUGUGGCAGAGACUGAAAACAUGUAUGCAACAGUGGAAGGAGGCUCUGGUGAUGGUGUGAUUCGUGCUGCACCCACAAAUUCUGUUCCUAAUCGAGCCAGCCUUCCGAAUGACUUCUAUGCAGAGAUAGGAGGUUCAGGAGAUGGGGUUAUACCAGUACCUCCCACAAAUCCCGUACCGAACCGAAACAGCCUACCAAAUGACUUUUAUGCAGAAAUUGGAGCCGCUGGUGAACAACAAGCCCGUGUGCCAGCCCCUCCUUCAUUGGAUAGUCUUCACCUCAUGACAAAGACACAUCAUGAUGGUCGUCAAGGUUCAAGGUCAUCCACAGAGGAAAGUGACCUUCGACACAGUGUACAGGAGCAGUUGUCGCCAAGCGCCUUUGUAAGCUCGCCUCCUUAUGGAGCAACAACUAGAACAAGUUUUGUGGAGCCACAAACAGCCAGUCCUAACUUCAGGGCUCUUAAUGGUAAAGUGACGCUUGAUCCAAAUUACCAAACUGUCAGGGAUUGUGUCAAUGACCCUGACCUUGACUGUGACAUUGACCCUAAUUAUGAGAGUGUAGAGGAAGCCAAGGCUAAAGUGUUUGUGUUGGAACAAAAGAAAGAAAAUGAACAAAAGCCAGCAGAUGGUAAGAAAACAAGGAAUCAUGUUUAUGAAGAGGUGAAACCAUCGUCGGAGUUGAGAGGAAAUCAAACACGCGCAUUACGCUCUCACAUGUAUGAGGACAUUGAUGAAGUUCAGGAGCAAAAACGUGAACUGAAUAGAAAGUCGCAAGAAAUCUCAAAAUCCAAAAAAAUGUGA